AUGAUUGCUUUUACAUACUUUGCACCGACUUCUGAUAAAUUCAAUCACCUCACGAGCAUAUUUUGCCACGGGAAUGUGCAGUAUUACAAGUUCGAGUUCGUGGUGAUGUGCACGGGGAAGUACGGCGACGUGCCGCGGAUGCCGGUGUUCCCGCCGGGAAAGGGGCCGGAGGUGUUCAAGGGGACGGUGAUGCACUCGCUGGACUACUGCAAGCUGAGCAAGGAGGAGACCGUUGAGCUGAUGAGAGGAAAGAAGGUUGUGGUGGUUGGGUACAAGAAGAGCGCUAUCGAUCUAGCCAACGAAUGUGUUCAGGCAAACCAAGGUGACGGCGGGCAGGCGUGCACGAUGCUGGUGCGGACCCUGCACUGGAUGGUGCCGUCAUACGCCAUCUGGGGCUUGCCAUUCUUCCUGUUUUACUCGACACGUUUCUCCCAGCUCUUCUACGAGCGGCCCAACCAGAGCUUCUUCAGAUCCCUCCUCUGCCGCCUCAUGAGCCCACUGCGGGCAGGGGUGUCGAAGUUCAUCGAGUCGUACCUGUUGUGGAAGCUGCCGCUGGGCAAGUACGGUCUGACGCCGGACCACCCCUUUGUCGAGGACUACGCCAGCUGCCAACUGGCCUUCCUCCCGGAGGGCUUCUUCGACAUGGCUGACCACGGCCUGGUGCGCUUCAAGAGGGCCCCCGACGGGUGGUGGCUCUCGGAGAUCGGCGUCGUCCUCGAAGACGGCACCGGGGUGGAGGCCGACCUCGUCUUCCUCGCCACCGGCUUCGAGGGCACGGACAAGCUCCGCGAGGUCCUCCCUAAGCCCUUCCGCGGCCUCCUCGUCGACGAGUCCUCCAUGAUGCCCCUCUACCACGGCACGAUCCACCCGCUGAUCCCGAACAUGGCAUUCGUGGGGUUCGUGGAGAGCGCAUCGAACCUGCACACGUCGGAGCUGCGGUGCCGAUGGCUGGCGGGGCUGCUGGAGGGGCGGUUCGAGCUGCCUACCGUGCAGGCCAUGAUGAGGCACGUCGCCGGCGAGGCCGACGCCAUGCGUCGCACCACGCGGUUCUACCGCCGGCACUGCAUCUCCACCUACAGCAUCCACGACAGCGACGGCAUGUGCGCCGACCUGAGCUCCGCCACGCACCGCAAGACCAACUGGAUCUCCGAGCUCUUCGCUCCAUACAACAAGGAGGACUACAAGCAACAGUAA